AUGGCCAUUGCACGUGCGGUUUAUGGUCGAACAAAGCUAGCCCUCUUCGAUGAUUCUCUUAGUGCGCUUGAUGCCUCUACCUCUGCUCAGGUCUUCACCCGUAUCUUUGGAUCGCAGGGUAUCUUGUGUCGGAACGGAACCGCUGUUAUCUUAGCGAUAUAUGAUUGGAAGUACCUUGCCGACGCCGAUAAUGCCGUUGUCUUGUUGAGAUCUUCUCCAUCGGAGCGAACCUUAUUUUCAUCUCUUCCAGGGGAGAUCAGUCCUCCUAUGGCUUCCCACAGAGAGUUCCUCGCCUCUGGUAUCGUAUCAGAAGAUCUGCAGGAGGUUUCGCCCACAGGGGGUGUGUGA